AGAGAGAGAGAGAGAGAGAGAGAGCAGAGAGGGGUUUCAGACACAGAAAUAGGAAGGCUGACAGAUUGGGGGCUGGUGGGCGGUCCUCUCUCCUUUCUUUCUCGCUUCCGAUCUCUCCUCUCUCUGUCUCUUCCCCUGUCGGCACUCUCUCUCAGCUCAUGGCGUUCUCUGAGAACUCUCGUCAAUCUCUGAUCCCAAGCUUUCUUUACUCUUCGAAAAUGACGACGAAAAGUUCAAACCCUAGCCUCCUCUGGUCUUCUUCGCGAGCAUCCGCAAAUGGAACUGAAGGAGUCUCGUCGUCCCCGAAGAGCUUCGUCAUUCCAGCUCCCAGCGAGCCAGGAAAGGUCCAGUUGUACUCGCCUCAAUACUACGCAGCCUGCACUGUCGGUGGAAUCCUCAGCUGUGGCCUCACUCACAUGGCCGUCACUCCUCUUGACCUCGUCAAGUGUAAUAUGCAGAUUGACCCUUCCAAGUACAAGAGCAUCUCCUCUGGUUUUGGAGUGUUGUUGAAGGAGCAGGGGGUCAAGGGCUUCUUUAGGGGAUGGGUGCCUACUCUGCUUGGUUAUAGUGCUCAGGGUGCCUGCAAGUUUGGCUUCUAUGAAUUCUUUAAGAAAUACUACUCUGACAUUGCUGGACCAGAGUAUGCAGUCAAAUACAAAACUUUGAUCUACCUUGCUGGCUCGGCAUCUGCGGAGGUGAUUGCAGAUGUUGCUCUUUGCCCCUUUGAGGCGGUCAAGGUCCGUGUUCAGACUCAACCAGGCUUUGCAAGAGGACUGUCAGAUGGAUUUCCUAAGUUCAUCAAAUCUGAAGGCACUCUUGGGUUGUACAAGGGCAUUGUUCCUCUUUGGGGACGUCAGAUUCCAUAUACAAUGAUGAAAUUUGCCUCUUUUGAGACCAUCGUAGAGAUGCUCUACAAGUAUGCCAUCCCCAAGCCCAAGAGCGAGUGCAGCAAGCCUCUGCAGCUUGGUGUGAGCUUUGCCGGUGGAUAUGUUGCUGGUGUUUUUUGUGCAAUCGUGUCUCAUCCUGCUGACAAUCUAGUUUCUUUUCUUAACAAUGCCAAGGGGGCAACUGUUGGUGAUGCUGUGAAGAAGUUUGGGCUCUGGGGUCUCUUUACCCGGGGGCUUCCCAUCCGUAUUGUCAUGAUCGGAACCCUCACUGGAGCCCAGUGGGGAAUCUAUGAUGCUUUUAAAGUCUUUGUUGGGCUGCCAACCACUGGUGGAGUUGUUCCUGCCGCUGUGCCCGCUGCUACUGAGCUUGCAAAGGCAUAGAAUCAACCCAAAUAGUUUUGUCGUGUGAGAAACUGCGAUGAUAGUUCCCCAGAGGGAUCGAUAAUCAUGGCAUAUGUCGUUGAUGUUGCUUAGAUGGCCUCCUAGCAGUUCAAGAAUAUUCUUUUUGCAUUUGAAACUCGUUGCAGCUUUCAUUCAUUAACUUUGAUAUAUAGGGGACGGUUUGCGUCCCAUUUUUUCAAAAAUGGAACAAUUAUUGAUAGCUACUAGGUACAAAAUCACAUUUUGAUGCUCUUAUGUUAUUCCCGCCCCAUCAAGGGAAGAUGAAACCAAAUAAUGGACAGAUUGGGGGUUUUAUACUUAGUUCUGUCUGUCAAGAGAUACACAGUUGGUGCAUGCAGAUAUAUUUUUUUGGGUUAUGCAAAGGCAUGGGAAUUAUGCCCGUCUUUAUUUGUUUUUUGUCCCUUACUUGAAGUUGUGAAUGGUUAGGGUUGGAUGUU